AAUAAAUCCUAACCCUACUAUUUUACUAUUUUCACUCCAUAUCCAUAAUAUUCUAAAGAUAAAAAAAAUUAAAUUGGAAAAGGUGUAUAAAGUUUAGAUGGCAGACGAAACCUUAUUUGAGUUGCUUCAUUCGGAGAUUGUUAAUUAUGCUCUAGAAAGUAAUGAAAUAAAAUACAAAGAGUCAAAGGAUGAAGACUUAUCGAUAAUAGAAUACAUUGGAUUCUCUACAGGAUUUAGGAUAAUCGAAAGAUUAACCAAAGAUAUGCCCCGCUUCAAGGAUGAGCUAGAUACAAUGAAAUUCAUUUGCACAGAUUUCUGGUCAGCAGUAUAUAAAAAGCAAAUAGACAACCUUAGGACAAACCAUCAAGGUGUUUACGUCUUGCAGGAUAACGGGUUCAGAUUUUUAACGAAACUCUCCAACGGCAAGCAGUAUUUAGAAGCAGCUCCAAGAUAUGUUGCAUUUACUUGUGGUAUUAUUAGGGGUAGUUUAGCUAAUUUAAAUAUUAAUUGUCUAGUUACCGCAGAAGUUCAAAAUAUGCCAUCGUGUAAAUUCCAUAUUCAAGUUCAGAGAACAUAAAUAUAAAUUCAAUAAAAUAAUAUAAUCCUUA